AUGAAGGAAGGUGGUGCGGAGAAUGAAGAAGAUGAGGGGAACAGAGUCCCUCCGCCGCCGCCGGGAAGGCCAGAUCGGACGUUGAGGGACUUCUUGGGGAAGAUGGAUACGUAUGCGCCGAUUAUCCCCGACGCAGUAACGAACCACUACCUCUCCCAAGCCGGCUUCUCAACCCCCGACCCCCGCCUCUCCCGCCUCCUCGCCCUCGCAACCCAAAAGUUCGUGUCGGAUUUAGCUACCUCGGCGUACCAACACUCCCGGAUUCGGACGAGUGGGGUUAGUAACGUCGGGGAGGGUGCGGUGGGUGUACAGGGUGGUGGGAGGAGAGGGAAGGAGAGGAAGAGUGUUUUGACGAUGGAGGAUUUGCAGGGGGCUGUGGCGGAGUGGGGGGUUAAUCUGAAGAGGGGGGAGUUUUACCGGUGAGGGGGUGUUUGGCAUGGGAUGAUGAGGUUGAAUAUGGAGCGUCGAAGGACGGAGAUGAGUCUUAUGGAGGGAUGAUUCCUCGACGGGAGAGGUUCAGCUUGAAUGAUCGAGACCGAGAUCUGGUUAACAAUACAAUCCAUUAACGCAUUACCGCGCAUACUAAAAAUAAAGAAACCCGCAACAAAAGACUAAGAAGC